AUUAUUUUAGAGCUGAAUGCAAUGCAAUUGAAUUGAACUACUCUCUCAUCCAUUGUUUUAGAAGAUUCUGAAGCAAAUCAAAAUACCAAUCCUCAUUUUAUUCAUUCACUCAAUCACAAUGUCAUUCUUCUUCAGGUUAACAAGGUACUCAGUUCUCUUCUCUACCCCCACUCCCAAUCCGUCUUUUCUUCAUCAUCGUCGAUUAUACUCAGUCAAUCUGCCGCCAUUCCUCUUUUAUCAACAACCCUACCAAACCCAUCUUUGAAUUUAACAAGAUCUUAUCUUCUUUUGUUAAGAUGAACCAUUACUCAACAGCUAUUUCAUUUUCUUAACAAAUGGAAUUCGCCCUGAUACUGUAUUAUGAUUAACGGAUUAUGUAAGAAUAAAAUGGUGGAUGAAGCUGUCAAUCUCUUCAAAGAAUUGCAUUUAAAAAACAUGGCUCCUGAUAUUGUAGCAUACAGUUCACUUAUUGAUGGACUUUGCAAAUCGGGGAAAAUAUCUGAUGUUUGGGAUCUUAUAGAUGAUAUGCAUGAUAGAGGUCAACAAGCUGACAUAAUCAUUUACACCUCGUUAUUGGAUGCAUUGUUUAAAAACCAUCAAGUUGACAAGGCAAUUGCGUUAUUGAAGAAGAUCAAAGACCGGGGAAUUGAACCAGAUAUGUUCACAUACACAAUGCUUGUUGAUGGACUAUGCAAAAAUGGAAGACUUAAGGAUGCACAAGAGGUUUAUCGGGAUCUUAUGGUUAAGGGCUAUCAUUUUAAUGCUUGCAUGCAUAAUGUCAUGAUUAAUGGGCUUUGUAAAGAGGGCUUGUUUGACGAAGCAUUGUUUGUACUGUCCGAAAUGGAAGACAAUGGUUGCACACCUGAUGUUGUAACUUACAAAACUCUUAUCCGUGCUUUGUUCAAAAACGACAUGAAUGAUAAGGCCGUGAAACUCCUCCGUGAAAUGCUUUCUAGAGGUCUACUGUAAGAGUAAAACUAAAUUUGUUAUUAUGAUGCCUUCAAAUCAAACAACAUCAUUGUUUGCACACUCUUGAUUCUGAUUCGUGCAAAUGUAAAGUUCGCUCAGUGUUAUUAUUAUAGCUUCAAUGUGAUUGUCCACAUCCUCCCCGUAUACAAUUGAUGCUUCUCACUGUAGUGCUCCAUAAUUCCUGACCUUCUUGUUUUGAGACUCAGAUUAGUGUAAAAUUAGGUAAAUUAUUUAAAUAGUUGGGUGUCUAAAGCAAGCCAGAUCCUGUUUGAUGGCUUUUGUCCAUCCUUGUGUUUGAUUGCUUGUGCGUCUGUAUGCUUGAUUUAGCUUUUGUAAAACCCCUGAUAAUUCUUCUUCCUGGUAAAGAAAAGAACUAACAGGAAGCAUUCAGUCAUUACUUACCGAGUUACCUUCUCUUGCUAUGUUUUCAAAAUGGCAUAGUAAGAAUCUAGGAAGGCUUUAAUUAAUCAAAGAGAAACCAUGCCAAAAUGAGUAUGGACAUUUUAGCAAAAUAAUUUAAGAGAGGCUUCAAUAUGACAUUUUAGCAUAUGUGAAUUUGUUAGAUUCUGUACUAUUGGUCUGCCUCAUGUAUACUAUUCUUUUUCUUUCAUGAUGCUUCCUUAAUUUGUUUCUAGUUAUCAAAAAGGGUGCAGCAUAAACCCUUUUUUCCUGAGUAUGGAGAGACAAAUGCGUACCAAAACCAAAAAGUUGAUGGAAAAGGAAAUUAUUGUUUUCGUCAUUGACACUCAUAAUGGGGGAAAGUAAAUCUUGAAAUUAAAAAAUGUUUUUGAGUUUGUCUCGAACACUAUAAACAUCCUAAGAAAAUUUAUAUAUUCCUUUGUUUUCUUUGACAUUCUUAAGCAUUAUGAUGCUUCUGCCUUUACAAGGCGGUUAGUGUUGUGUUUGAGUUGAUGAAGUAUGACCCUCGUCAAGCCGAAUGAUGAUCUUAUUCCAGAGCACUAUAUGUUUUUAUUGUAACAACUUUGGGGCCUGAAAUAUAUUCAUGCAGGUAUCCUUCGAAUUGAGUUUUUGGCGUUUGCAGGUAUGGCCGUAUGGGUCCUAAAGGAGGAAUUAGCAACUCUGAAAUUGACUCUGGUAAGCCUGAUUUGCUCUCUUGCUUGGCUGCUUUGCUUCUUUUGGGUCGGAAUUUCUGUGGCACCCCUUGUAUACUGUUGUUGUAGAUGGUUCUUAAACUUUCGGUCUGGUUUGUAUUGCUGGUGUGUUCAUAUAUAUGACCCUGUAACUGUAAAUGUGUUUGAAGGAGGAAUAAACAACUGUGAAAUUGACUCUUGGAGUCUCAUGAUGCUUUCGCAUUUACAUUAAGGUAUCUCCGGAUAAUAAAACUACGUAUCUUGUUAUUUGAUUGCAAAAGCAUAUGUAGGUUUAGUGUAUGAAAUUAACUGCUUGGUUUAGCUAUUGUAAAAU